AUCCCCAACCCUCAAAGCUUUUCACACUUGCCUGCUUUUGACACCCAACCUCUAGAAAGUGGCUGUCUUUCCUAUCUCUCGGCACUCCAUAGCUUUUUCUCGUUCCUCUUAAUCCAUGGACACAGCUCAGUGGGCACAGGGGAUUGGAGUGGUUAAACAGCCCGGGGUGGAAGGCUCAAUUCCGAAGCCUCCUACGACAGAAAGAAAGGCGAGGCCUCAGAAAGAUCAAGCUCUGAACUGCCCGCGGUGCAACUCAACCAACACUAAAUUCUGCUACUACAAUAACUAUAGCCUCUCUCAGCCCAGAUACUUCUGCAAGACUUGUAGAAGGUACUGGACCGAAGGUGGGUCCCUGAGAAAUGUUCCCGUGGGUGGAGGCUCCCGAAAGAACAAGAGACCUUCAACUUCUUCAUCUUCAUCCUCAAAGAAGCUUCCUGAUCUGAACCCCAAGAUCCAGCAAGGCCAAGAUCUUAACUUAGCAUGCCCACCACCAGCACCCGAGGACUACAACAAUAGCAUAUCAAAAUUUAUCGAGGUUCCUUUUAAUACUGAAGACAAGAGUAUAGCUUCUCAUCACGAUCAGUUAUCCUCGAUGGAGCUUCUGAGAACUGGAAUUCCGUCGUCAAGGACUCUGUGUUCUUUGAUGCCUAUGUCGGCGUCGGAUUCUUCCGGUUCAGCAAUGUAUAAUUCGAGUGGAUUUCCUAGUUUGCAAGAUCUUAAGCCUCCUCCAGGGCUUAGUUUCAGUCUUGAAGGGUUUGCAAAUGGGUACGGGGGUAUUUCUGGAAUGCACGAGGGAAGUAGUGGCGAUGGCGGUGCGAGGUUGUUGUUCCCUACUGAGGAUUUGAAGCAAGUUCCAAGUAGUACUGAUCAUUAUGAGCAGAAUAGAAGCCAUGCGGAUUCAACGGGGUUUUGGAAUGGCAUGUUAGGUGGAGGAUCGUGGUAAAAAUAUUAUUAUUGCAGAAGAGAGUUAUAAAGAAAAGCAAAAAAGCCAAGGGGGGGUUUGGUCUUCUAGCUGCUGCUUCAUCAUCUUCUUCUUCCUUUUCUUUUCCCCUAAAAAUUUGGUGAUCGACUGUUUGAAUUAAUUGAUCAGAUUCCGGACCACUAACAUGAAUAGGGUAUAUGACUUCUGUUUAUGGCUACGUUCUUAAAUCCAUUUCAUUUCUGGUGAAGAUCUUCUUAUAAUUAAUUUUUCUUUCCCUACUUUCACCUGUUUUAAUUUUUGCAUUUUGACCCAGAAGUUUGUGAUCAAGUGGUUGCAUAUA